UCACUCUCUUUUUUAAUAUUUUUAUCUGGUCUUUUAUCGCCUUUUAUAUCUCGAGAGGGAGUUUUUAUUGCUAACGAAAAAAUAUCGUCUCGUUUCAUUUCAUUUCACCUCUUUUCUUUCAUUUCGCAGACCUUGUGUAAUCACGGGACUACAAAAAUAACAAUAACAAAUAAACAAUGACCAGUCGCCAGGAACUAAUCGGAUGGGUCAAUGACCUGCUCCAGACCAACUACACCAAAGUCGAGCAGCUGGGCUCCGGCGCAGCGUAUUGCCAGAUUAUCGACUCUGUAUACGGUGACAUCAAGCUCGAUCGGGUCAAGUUCAAUGCGAACCAGGAGUACGAGUACGUUGAGAACUUUAAGAUCCUGCAGAACGCCAUGGCAAAGCACAAAAUCGACAAGCCCAUUGACCCCACACGCCUGACGAAAUGCCGCUUUCAGGACAACUUUGAGUUUAUCCAGUGGCUCAAGCGCUUUUGGGACUCGUACUCGUCGGGCUCGCCCUACGAUGCCAUUGGCCGCCGCAACGGAAAGCCUGCUGGGCCGGUUGACGCGCACCGGCCGAUGAGCAGCGCUUCGUCGGCGCGCAGCUCGUCCGCUGGUGCAUAUCGCACACGCCCGGCGCCCGCUGCCAACCGGGUGGCUGGCGGCCGGCCUGUGGCGGCUGGCAUGGCGCGCGCUGGUGUGCGUCCUGGGAGCCGCACGACGCCUGCGGCGGCGUCGGCGGCUAGCUCCCAGCAGGUACAGGAGCUCAACAGGCAGAUCAUCGAGGCCAAGGUUCUCAUUGACACGGCGGAGAAGGAGAGGGACUUUUACUUCACGAAGCUGCGCGAAAUCGAGGUGUACCUGCAGUCGACUCAGUUUGAGGCCGGCACUGAGCUGGAUGCCAUGGCGAAACACAUUCAGAACAUCCUCUACAGCACUGAGGAGGGGGAUGUCGAUGACUUGGCUGCUGAGCACAUGGAUGAUUUGAAUGCCGAGCACUACGGCGAUGUCUCGGGCCAUAUGGGUGCUCUUCACGUUGAUGAGGAAGAAACCUUUUAAACGCUAAACGAUACACCUUUUUGACCAAUGCUUACACUUUUUUCUUUUGCAAGCCUUUACUUUUUUUUGCUUUUAUCAAUUUAUUCAACCAAACC